AUGCUUGCCGUCGUUGCUCAGCUCGGACUUAUCAUUUACUUUGGGGCCUUGAUCGGAGUCCUGACCAAGGCUCCUUGGGUCUACCCCUAUUCAUGGCAUCCCAUUUGUAUGGGACUCUAUGGAUUUGUUGCGACUGAAGGUAUCCUCCUUUUGCAACCAAAUGUAAAGGGAAAACAGAGGGCGCUGUCAAGGACAGUUCACGGAUCGCUCUUGUCGUUGGCGCUUGUGAGUGCCGUCAUUGGAUUUUGGGCCGUCUAUGAAAACAAGGACAGACUGGGCAAGGUACAUUUUCACACCAACCACGCGUACCUCGGAUGCGCUGCUGUCUUUGUCUUUGCGCUCCAAGUCCUCUUUGGACUUUCGGUCGCAUAUGCACCCAAGGCGCUUUACAGGAAGAUCGGCCAAGCCAGGAUCACGCGUAUUCAUCGUGUCGCUGGAUACAUCUCGAUCUUGUUGGUCUGGGGUACACUCUGGCUGGCGGUUGUCACCAAUUGGGUCAACAGGAACUUUAACCAGGAGUGGAUUUUCUACUUGGGAUUGGGUAUGGUCGCAGUUGGUUUGGUUGGCCAGGUCAAUCCUUCACGCCUCUACUUGACACGAAAAAGCAGCUCUGUCACCCCUUGA